AUGGCUCUAUCCUGUGUGGGUAUUUUCUUUUUGGCUUGGCUUUAUGAAGGUUUAAAAGUUUUUCGUGAAAGAUGGUUUUACAAUAGUAUCCAAUACGAUCGUAGUCGUAAAAUUAGUAAAAUUACGGAAAGCUUUUCUGGAAGAUGUUUCGGUGACCAUAUACUACAAACGAUUCUACAUGUCAUUCAAAUUGUGUUGAGCUACUUCUUAAUGUUAAUUUUCAUGACCUAUAACGGCUACUUAUGCAUAGCUGUUGCUGCUGGCUCUGGCUUUGGCUAUUUGACUUUUGGAUGGCUUCGUAGAACCUUCCAAGACACGACCGAACAUUGUCAUUAA